AUUUGGCUAAAACUUUUGAGCCCGAUUCGUCUAAUUUGCAUUUUUGUCUUCCGGAGAUAUCGAAUUGGAGUCGAUAAAAUUAAACCGUGCUGCAAGUGACCUGGUAACUAGAAAAUAUGAAGUAAAAUGUCUUGCCGUGAGUUUGUUGUGCUCUAUACAAAUCAAAAAACAAAAAAAGCAAAGAAAUGGCACGAUGGCAUUUUAAGGACCAGUUCUUCUGGAAAUAAGGCCACUUUGUAUGAUGAUAAAGGUCUCUGUCUGGAUCACCUAUUUGUUAAAUUUGAAGAGAUACGAUCAGGCAAUGACUUUGAAAGUGAUCGAUAUUUGAUUACUGUGGAAGAAGAAAAAAUAUCUAAGAAUGAGGAUGGCAAUUGCUCUGGUCAGAAGGAAGUUGCAAAGCUUGCCACAACUAAUAUAAUGCCUGCAAACUUGCCUCGAUGCCAUUUGCCUGUCGGUCUGAAAAGGAAACACACUGGCUUUCAAGGACCACGGGAAAUAUCAAAGAAACCAACCAUUGACGAGAAUGAUACAACAAGUGCAGCAACUAAAUCCCAGGCACCAAAUUUUUCACUCCCUCAGAUUUAUGCGACAUCACCCCUUUUUUCUACUUUAUACACAAGGGAAACUUCAACUUGCUCUGCUCUAGCUUCUGAAGCUUCCUCUUGUACGUCCAGGAAUCAGCUCUCAAUAGAAAUGAUGCCUGGCUUUUCAUUAUUGCCUCCAGCAACACUGAAUUAUAAUGACAAACUGAGGCACCGUAAAGAAAUUAGACCUUUUCAUUCUACAGAUACCGGAUUUACUUAUGGAGAUUGCAAUGAAAGAAUAUCUGAAACACUCCAGUCUACUACACCAACUUUCGCUCCAGGAUUGUCUUCCCAUUCUGACUUAGUACGUGAGAAUAAAAGGAGCAAAGCUCAGAUCUUAGCAUUACUUGGAACAAAAACAGUGUCCAGCAGUCAUGACUUAGAACCCUUUGAAGUUAAGCCACGGUCGCUGUUGGUUGAUAAUGGCAGUACUUUUGCUGCAGAUAAUACCAUUGGCCAUCAACAGGAAAACUGCUUUGAUCAGAGUUAUGGAGAUCUUGACGAAAAAGCAGAUCCUGGAUUGAUACAGCAUUGUAGCACAGAAUCACCUUACCAGACAGAUCAUAGUAUUAAGGUGAAUUUGUCCAAAAGUUUAGGUGGAGAAAAUUCUUCCCACAAUACUGAAGAAAUGCAUCUAAAAUGUGAGGAAAAGGAAGAUUCCAUUGUUCAAGCAACAAAUGCACAAACUGUAUCUCCGGAGGUCUGGACAAUUGCUACCGUUGAUGAAACACUGGACAAAAACAUUGAUAAACCUGAAGAAUGUUCUGUCAAAAUGAAUAGUCCACCCAGAGAGUUGUUUUCUCUUGCUGAUGAUGAACACUGUAUAAAGCCUGUUAUGCCUGUUGAAUCAGAUAUGGUGGAUACGAACAGUUUUGCUGAUAUAAAUUUCAAUAUACUUGGUGAAUUUAAUGUGGAUGAAAUUGGCCCAGAUGAUUUGCAUGGAAGUGAAAUUGAAAUGUUAUCACAAACAUCAUUGAGCAUUAGCAAUUCCUCUUUAAAACCCAUAGAAGUACCUUCAUUCCUCAAAGAUGUGGAAAUCCCUGAACCCAAGCACUUAGAAUUGGAAGCUCAAUUACCAGUUCCUCAAGAAAAGGAUUCAGAUCAAAUUUUGCAUGAAAAAAUUCAAACUGAAAUGAAACCCAGAACUGUUACAAAUGCUGAAGCUUUCUCUCAAAAACAUACAUUAGUUGCGUGUGAGAUAUCUGCAGUGGAAAUACAAGAAAACAAGAUAAAUGCUGAUGAGUAUUCUUGUCUUACGGCUCAAGGACAUACAAUCACGCUGCUGAAAUCUUUAUCUGAACAUAGCACUGCAAUUGAAAGCUUAGAGAAGCUAAAUGUACAAAACUGUUUCAAAGAUCAUGCAUUCAAUAAGGAUAAAGAACAAACAUUUAUUAGUUCAGAACGAGCCUCUGGAGGGAUGAUUUUCAAGAAUGUGGAUUUAAAACACCAUUACAAUAUGGACCUAAACCGCAACUAUAGUUUGUCAGAUUGUAAUAUGAACAGAGCUCUGAGAAUAUUUGCAACGGAACAUUCUUUGCCUGCUUUGAGGAAUUGUCUCACACAAAACAGCUGUGCUCCAGCUAAGGCUGCAGCAUGUGUUGAAACAUUCAAAGAACAGACAGAUAAUAACAGCCUUAAAAAAAUGACAGCAUCUGACAGACCGCUUCGAGCACUACAGGCAGCUGAGUUUAGAGGGUACCAGGUGAAGGGCUCUGCAUCAAGUGACACAGUAGUCAGGAUCUGUCAGGAAGAGUUAGAAUUUGAAGAGCACUUUGAUCCUUUUCAUCAAGUUCCAGGGAGCCUCACUGCAGAUACCAGUUUUGUAUCACCACCUUUAACAAGGAAUUCAGUGCUGGCUAGCUGGUUCCAGGUAAACUCUCCAAUGCAACAGGUGCCUUCGGAUGAUACAGUUGUGCAUGAUGGCCUGAGAUGUUCCAGAGAUAAUCUGCAUAGUAACCUGAGUGAACCUAAGUUUUCAAUGCCAACCCACCGACCAAGUACCAGUGGAAGUGAAAGGCCAGAUAUUUUUGUGAAUGAUGGAGGAUCAAGAAUCCAAUCAGCUUUCAGACUAAGAACUUCACUUGUUACCAUUCCAACAACCGAGAAAAGCAAUGACCAAUCUCUUGCUUCAGGUUCUUUUGAAAGUCUUUCAGGUAUAAUUGAACCAGAUCAGCAUAACCAAUGCUCAACUAUUUACUCGAAGAACAGUGGACAAGGUGAUUUACAGAACUACUCAGAAAAUACAGUCAGCUCUGAGUCCAUGAGUUGGAACUGUGAAACUUGUGUUGAUAAUGUUGUUGCCAGCCCAAUCAAUAUUCAAGGAACUUUACAGACGAAGACUAGCAAAUGGCAAAAGUAUCAAAUCACAGUAUCUCCAAACAGUAGCAGUUGUGGUACACAAGAUUUUACCUCGGAUGCAGAAGGAAUGUUUGACACGGCAGCAUUUGAGGAAGAGGAUGGAAGAAUAGUUGGAAUUCAGGACAAUGUAAAUGAUUCCUUUUCUGUCGAGCUGAUCAAAGACAAAUUGAUCAAACAACAUGAAAAUACCUUACGAGUAAAUAAAGCAUGCUCUUUACCAAUCAUCGAUUCUACCCAUAACCAACACAAUGUACUGAGCAACACAAAUCAUAAUAGGAAAUUCUCUGAGGUUAUCUCACUUUCAGAGUUGAGCUUUCCCAGAGCAGAUAUUUCACAAAGAACAAAGAUUCUUAAGAGACAAAUAACAAUUCCAGCUUCCUUCCUCAAUCCUGCCCAUUACCGACAGGUCUUCACAGCAGCUAUAACAGAACACCUCAACAUUUGGCUCUUUGAACUAUCUCAGAAACUUCACAAAGCAUUGUCAAAAGUUGACAUAUCCAACUAUUCUUCAGAAAAAGCAGGAACUGCUGGAAAAGAGCAAAAUUUUGUCCCACUUUGCCAACAUCAGCAACCUGCAAAGCUGGUCAUGGUUAAAAAGGAAGGUCCAAAUAAGGGGCGUUUAUUCUAUACUUGUGAUGCCUCAAAAGCGAACCAGUGUAAGUUUUUCAAGUGGUUAGAUGACAUACGACUCAUUAAUUUGGAGCAAAACGUGGACCCCCCAUCUAAGUUAAAACUGUCUGAUGCUAAGAGUUUAGGUGCCUUCAUCAGAAGUCAGCACAUAUCUCUGUACAGUGAAUGUGUGCUUCAUAUAAGAAAAACAUCUGCUUUUCAAAGAAAGAGGUUCUAUCAUGGCAAAGUGAAAGAAAUGACAUAUAUGGAAGGGGAUUUGGAAAGCUGCUAUAAAACCAAACUGUACCUUGGCUUAAGCAGGAAAGAGGGCUCAUCAGUUUACAAUAAAGAUGACCUCUGGGUUGUAUCAAAAACAUUGAUGUUUGAUCCAUUGGACACUUUCAUCGCAUGUAGUGUUUUCUACGGACCAUCCUCAACAAGUGAAGUCGAGCUUUUGCCUCUGAAAGGUUAUUCUCCUUCCAAAUGGCCUUCAGACAUGAUUGUUCAUGCUUUGUUUGUUGGUAAUGCCAGCACUGAACUUAACUGUCUACGAAAUCUGCAGGAACAUGUCAACCCAGCCUCUCUUCCUCUACUGCCACACUUGCUCAAAAUGCCCUGUUAUGAUGAAGCAAUAGUCAAGUCUGGAAAAGGAAGAUUUAUUUCACCUGCAUUAAAAAUGCCCAUGGUAAUGACUGCAUUAUUGUGCAAAGAACGGACAGUUGCAUUGGCAACAGAAAUGAUGCGGAAGUUUCACCUGAAUACAGAUCAGGCAGCUGCAUUCAGACAAGUAGCUAUAAUGAUGGCCAAGGGCGAGAGCCCCCAAGAUCUCAUUCUGCCAGUCACCGUUAUCCAUGGUGUCUAUGGAGCUGGGAAGAGCUAUCUGUUGGCUGUUUUGAUUCUAUUUCUUGUUCAACUUUUUGAAGAAAAUGAUGCAGUUGAGGGUCCGAGGCAAGUCCCGUGGAAACUUCUUAUCUCUGCCUCUACUAAUGUUGCCGUCGACAGAGUACUGCUUGAGCUUCUCGAGCUCGGAUUUGAUAGAUUUAUCAGAGUUGGAAGCAUUCGGAAGAUUGCCAAACCAAUUUUACCAUAUAGUUUACAUGCAGGUAGUGACAAUGAAGAGCUACGAGAGCUGCAAGCACUCAUGAAAGAAGACCUAACUCCUGUAGAAAAGAUGCAUGUGAGAAAGAGUAUUGAGCAACACAAAUUGGGCAGGAACAGAGCUGUGCUAAUGGAGGUGCGAGUGGUAGGAGCUACUUGUGCUGCAUGUCCUUUCCAGUGUAUGAACAACCUCAGCUUUCCAUUGGUUUUAUUGGAUGAGUGCAGUCAGAUCACAGAACCAGUUUCUCUCCUUCCUAUUGCAAGGUUUGGAUGUGAAAAGUUGAUCCUUAUUGGCGACCCCAAGCAAUUGCCACCUACAAUUCAAGGCUCCGAAAGUGCUCAUGAAGCUGGCCUGGAACAAACUCUCUUUGACAGAAUGUGCCUGAUGGGCCAUAAUCCCAUUAUGCUAAGGACUCAGUACAGAUGCCACCCUGUUAUAAGCACUAUAACAAAUGAACUCUUCUACAAUGGGAAUCUUAAAGAUGGACUUUCUGCUUCAAAUUUAAACCCUCUGUUGGACUGGUUGCCUACUCUUUGCUUUUAUAAUGUUAAAGGACAUGACCAGAUGGACAUGGAUGGCAGCUGCCAUAAUCUGGAAGAAGCAACAUUCUCUGUCAAACUUAUCCAGUCUCUGAUAGCCUGUGGAAUUAAAGGAUCUAUGAUUGGAGUGAUAACAUUAUACAAAUCUCAGAUGCACAAGUUACGUGGAAUGCUUGACUACACUGCAAAAUGUGACCCUGCUGAGAUCAAAGCUGUACACAUUUCAACAGUUGAUGCUUUCCAAGGAGCAGAGAAGGAGAUUAUUAUAUUGUCUUGUGUGAGGACUCGUCAAGUUGGGUUCAUAGACUCGGAGAAACGAAUGAAUGUUGCACUUACCAGAGGGAAAAGACACUUGCUGAUAGUAGGCAAUCUGGCCUGUCUUAGAAACAACAGAUUGUGGAAAAGAGUUAUUCAUCACUGUGAAGUGAGAGAAAAUGGCUUGAAACAUGCGUAUCAGUGUGAACCAGAACUGGAACAGAUCAUGAAAUGUUAUAGAGACCAGACGGCAGAGAAGGGACAGAAAAACCUGAAGUCCAGAAGCAAGUCAAUUCUCCCUGAAGAGGGCAACAAAGUUGUUAAUACCACCAAACAGACUGAAGGAGAUAAGAUAUCUGAGGUGCAAGAUUGCACAGAUUAUCUAUGCAGAUAAACUAUUUUAAGUGGAGGGCAUUGUCAAGGACAAGAUGUCAAUAUCAAGGACAUGAAGCAGAAUGACUCCAGCAAGACUACACUAGGAAAUGCAAGUAAAUCCAUUUGAAAAGUAAAUGUUGCUGGAGUUUAAAAGUCAAACAAAAAUUAACAUUGAGAAUAUGGAUAACCUUUUGCCUCCUGUCCCAAUACAAGCAAGCACACAAGAUCCACAAGGAUCAGUCUGAUGAGAAGUAGUUGGAGAUUUCCUGACAAAAGGAAAGAACAAUGUUACAGCUGUAUUUAAUUGUACUUUUGUAAAUGUACUGUUACCUUUUUGUAAUUAUACAGUAUCAGAUAAGAAUUAGAGCAAUAUGUUGUCAUUUGACUUUUAUUUAACAACAUUUGCAUGUAAGUACAACACUCAACGGAAAGUUUAGACAUUUCUCUCAACAAUAGUUCCAUUAAAUUGAUUUUGAUUUCUCUCUUAUUUAAUGUAUUUUUGGAUUAACCUGCAAAGAUAAUUGGUAAUGGGAAGACUAAGGACUUCCAGGUUAAAAAAACUCCUAUUCUAGUUUUACUGUGAACAAGUUAUAGCUUGUCAUUUUAUGGAAGCAUCUUUCAGAAGACAAAAUCAAUUACUCUGGGGUGGAAAUGGGUUUUAGAGGAGAAAGAACAAAUACAAAUCCACUGUUGUGCUCUUGUAUAUGUUUUUAUUUUAAAAUUAAUCAAUCAUAAAUCUUUCCAAUUGUCAACCUGGUCAGAAGCUGAUGAGAAUCAAUCCAAUUGUAAUAAACGGGUGUGAGUGACCAACAGCCACCUCUUGAAGAGACCAGUGAUAAAAUCGCGGGACCACGUCAAAAGGUUUACAUAUUUUUGUGUGGGAUAAAACAUAAGCUAUAUUGCUACUUAGGCGCCUUCUUGCAGUGUACCAUAGUACUUAAUUGUUUGUUGAAAUGGCACGGAAUCAAUGUUCGUACUGUGUAAAAUGUUCAAGAAAAUUAUCUAAACUUAUUACAACAAACUAUAAUGAAUGUUAUGGAAUAUAUGAAUAGAAGAUAAAAUUUUAAAUAUUGAUAAAUUAUCUCGAUUGUGCAGAACACAGAAAUAAAAAUUGAUUAAAUAUCUAUUCCUGUUAUCACUCUCAGUUAUCUGUUUAAUUCUAAAGACAGAAAUAAAAAUGUUCACUUAUUGUCAAGUUUUCUGAACAAUUAUUCAGCAUUUAUUGUUUUCAUCUAUCUUUAAUUGUUUUUCAUU